UUAAAGUUUCAAUAAACAAAAUUUUGGAAAACCCAAAAACUGAAAGCGCUGUAGCAGCAGUAGAUCUGAAGCUCAGAUAAAAAUCCAAGAAGAUGUCUGCUCUGUUUAAUUUUCAUUCGUUUCUGACGGUGGUGUUGUUGGUGAUCUGUACCUGUACUUUCUUGAAGAUGCAAUUCCCUACUUUUCUUGAACAGAAAACCGGGUUUCGAGGUUUCUUCUGGAAGGCUGCUAGAAUAGGAGAGCGACUGAGCCCCUGGGUAGCAGUUGGAUGCUUCACAAUGGGUGUAUCAAUCAUAUUUUUCUGAGGAAAUCUCUCUUUUGGGAUUUUUAGAUUUUUCUAUGUAGCUUUUGAGAUUAAACUGUUAAUUUUCUUUUUUGCGAACUCUUAACAACAGAUAGUUGUUUUGCUUGAGAACUGUAGCGUUCUUUUUGACAUAAAUUUAGUUUCACAUAGAUAUAUGUAGAGAGAUUUCAUCCCUGUUAUAUGUUGUUCAGACUGGUCACAAUCAGACCAUUGUGGAAUCCGCUAGUGACUCUCCAUAUGAGUUUAA